AUGGAUAUCGUUUACCAUAAUGGCACCAAUGGCUCAAGCCCCUGGGUUGAAUUCUACCCAUACACACCAUCUGCAACGGCCGGAUAUGCCUUCAUGGCAAUCUUUGGUAUCGCGACAGUCGUCCAUCUCGUUUUGAUGUGUCCUUUCCGUGCUGCAUACUUUAUACCUCUAGUAUUAGGAGGUGUUUGCGAAACAUUUGGCUACUACGGCCGAGCAUGGUCCCACCAAUCCCGAACGGAAAUCAGUUCCUGGGCACUCCAAGAAAUGCUCAUUCUAUGCGCACCACCCCUCCUCGCCGCAACAGUCUACAUGGUCCUCGGUCGAAUGAUACGCGCCUUUGACGCCGAACAUCUCUCCAGCAUGCGCCCGAAGUGGCUCACGUUUGUAUUCGUCAUGAACGACGUGAUCUGUUUUCUCACACAGCUUGGUGGUGCGGGUGUUCAGGUCACUGGAGACGCCCAAAUCAUGGAUAUCGGCAAGAAAGUCGUUCUGGCAGGCUUGAUCUUCUCAUUAUUCGUCUUUGCCCUUUUCGUUGCUAUCGCGGUGACCUUUCACCGAAGACUGCAACAAAACCCUACACCUAUUCUUACUAUGAAUCCGGAUCUUGCGUGGAGGCGGUAUAUGUGGACGCUGUACGUUGCUUGUGUGGCGUUGAUGGUUCGCAAUCUUGUCCGAACGAUUCAAUUUGGGGCUAAUCGGACUGCGGAUGUCAAUACGAAAGAGGUGUAUAUUUACGUCUUUGAUGCUUUUCUUAUGUUUUUGACUAUGCUCGUUUUGAUUAUCUGUCAUCCUGGGCUGCUUAUUAAAAAGGCGCGACGGGCGAAGAAAGUGGUUGAUUUCAAUCAGCCUUUAGCCGGGGAUAGGAGUUCGGGGCAGGUUCCUUUGAUGGAAUAUGAGCCACGACCGAUGGCUUAG